AUGGCAGAACUUAAUUAUUGUAUGAUGAGGUCAGCAAAUCAGGCAAGAGAAUCUGAAGAGCAACGGUCCACAGCUAGAAAGAAAAAUUUGUUGAUAUUAGUAAUGCAUUAUUUAAGUGAAGAGGGGUUUGUUGAAUCAGCGAUGUCUCUCUCCAAGGAAACAAAUUUAGAUUUUAAAAAGUAUGAAGUGUGCGAUAAUGUGGAUUUAGAAACAGUUUUGUUAGAAUAUGAAAGUUAUUACUACAUAAAAUUCCAGAAAUAUCCUAGAAUUACCAAAAAAUUAUCAGACAAACUCUUGCAGUGCGAAAAAAAGCGACACGGAGGAAAUUCAAUAAAAACAAAACGAUCCUCACUUCCUCGACUUUUAAACCGAGGAAAUUCUAUCCAUGACUUUGAACAGAAUCAUUCAUCAAACAUUUUGAAUUCUGAAGAAAAUUCUGGUGCAGCCAAGAAUAGAGCUUGUAAUGGACUAGCUGUACAAGGAAGGCAAGACCCUCUCGUACAAACUUCAGGGCGCAUAGUAAAGAGUGGGAUUUCACCAAAUGUUCCAAACGGUUCUUCAAUCACAUCUUUGAACCAUCUGGAUCCAACACAGAACUCCUUUUUAUCUUCUUCAACAAGACAGAAUUUUCCGCGUCAAAUUACUGACUACAGAGCGAUUAUUAACCAAGAAACCCGUUUACCGUUAGAAGAAAACCAACUUUCAGAAGAUCCCCAAGAACGUUUAUUGAAGCCGUUAGGUAGUUAUUUAGGCUACACAGGUGAAUGGAGAAGUUUGGCUUUAACAAUAUCACGUGAUAUAUUCCUUCAAAAUCCAAAUGUUCGAUGGGAUGAUAUAAUCGGUCUAAGCUCCGCUAAACGUCUUGUAAAAGAAGCAGUUGUUUACCCAAUAAAGUACCCUCAAUUGUUUGCAGGAAUAUUAUCACCCUGGAAGGGAUUGCUACUAUAUGGACCUCCAGGGACAGGAAAAACUCUUCUCGCUAAAGCUGUUGCUACUGAAUGCAAAACAACAUUUUUUAAUAUUUCUGCAUCGACUAUUGUUAGUAAAUGGAGAGGUGAUUCAGAGAAAUUAGUUCGUGUACUUUUUGAAUUGGCUAGAUUUCAUGCUCCUUCAACCAUAUUCUUAGAUGAGUUAGACUCUUUAAUGUCACAAAGAGGUUCACUAUCUGGAUAUGGUUCUUCUGGUGGAGGAAAUUCAAAUAUAUCAGUUGGAAAUGAACAUGAAGGAUCACGUCGAAUGAAAACUGAAUUGCUAAUGCAAAUGGAUGGUCUAGCAAAAUCUGAUGAUCUUGUCUUUUGCUGGCUGCUUCCAAUCUGCCAUGGGAAUUAG